GUAUAUAAGCUAGGUCGAGGGACCAGGAGGCACAGAGCAACAUGGCCCGUCUAGCAGUCCUCACUCUAGCCUUCGGGCUAUUCGCUAUUACUCACGCCGCGCCAGGUGGAUAUGGCGGCGGUAGCCAAGGUGGUGGUAGCAUAGGAGGUGGCUACGGCGGCGGCGGCGGCGGAGGCUUCGGCGGCGGUAGCGGUGGUGGCUUCGGCGCCGGCGGUGGCCACGGAGGAGGCAGUGGUCUUGGUGGUGGCCACGGAGGAGGCGGUGGUCUUGGUGGUGGACACGGAGGAAGCGGUGGUCUUAGUGGCGGCCAUGGAGGAAGCGGCGGUCUCGGUGGAGGCUAUGGAGGAGGCGGUGCUCUCGGAGGUGGUGGCGGCUACGGCGGCGGCCAGGGAGGCGGUGGCGGCCUUGGAGGUGGUAGUGGACACGGCGGUCAUAGUGGACAUGGCGGCAGUGGCGGACUCAGCGGCGGAAUCGGCGGCGGUAACGGCGGUGGCUUCGGCGGUGGAAUCGGCGGCGGUAAUGGCGGUGGUCAUGGAGGUGGUCACGGCGGUCAUGGUGGCGGACACAGUGGACAUGGACACGGUGGCCAUAGCGGAGGAGGCUACGGUGGUGCCGGUGCCGUUGCUACCGCUAAUGCUCACGCUACCGCUAGCGGUGGCCACAAAGGAGGAUACGGACGCUGAACCGUUGCAUAAAUAUCGUUAUCGUUAAGAACAACAAAAAUUCAAAAGCUCAAUGUGAUAAAUAAAUAGUUUACUUUUCGCCAUACGUAAAUAUGUAUAAAUGCAAUCCAAAUAAAUAUUAUUG